AUGGAGGACUCUUGUCUCUCCAACCCAUGGCCCCGAAAGGAGAGUGUCAAGACCUUCUAUACCCGUAAAAAUCACCUUGGGAGUGAGGAACAUGAGAGAUGUCUGCAAGCCAACAACAACAAAUUCCACGGUAGUUCUGGAUAUCCGAAAAAUACCAUCAAGACCUCAAAAUAUAAUGUCUUUAAUUUCCUGCCCCUGAACCUAUUUGAACAGUUCCAGAGACUUGCAAAUGCAUAUUUCCUCAUUUUGCUAAUUUUACAGUUGAUUCCCCAGAUCUCCUCCUUGGCAUGGUAUACAACUAUGGUACCCCUGAUGGUGGUGCUGUCCGUAACAGCAGUGAAAGAUGCCAUCGAUGACCUGAAAAGGCACCAAAGUGACAAUCGAGUCAACAACCGGCCUGUUCUGCUACUGGUGAAUGGCAAGAUGAAGAAGGACAAAUGGAUGAAUGUUCAAGUGGGAGAUAUAAUAAAGCUGGAAAAUAAUCAGCCUGUCACAGCAGAUAUACUAUUACUCUCUAGCAGUGAGUCAUAUAGUCUGACAUACAUAGAGACAGCAGACCUGGAUGGUGAAACAAAUCUGAAAGUAAAGCAGGCCCUCUCAGUUACUAGUGACAUGGAAGAUCACCUGGAGCUUCUGUCUGCCUUUGAUGGAGUAGUGAGAUGUGAGGCUCCCAAUAACAAACUGGACAAAUUCUCAGGAAUACUGACCUAUAAGGGGAAAAAAUACUUCCUGGACCAGGACAAUUUGCUACUUCGAGGCUGCAUCAUCAGGAAUACAGAUUGGUGCUAUGGCUUGGUGAUCUACACUGGGCCAGACACCAAAUUAAUGCAGAACAGUGGAAAGUCUACUUUUAAACGAACACAGAUAGACCAUCUCAUGAAUGUUCUUGUACUCUGGAUUUUCCUGCUUUUAGGCAUCAUAUGUUUUAUCCUAGCAGUUGGGCAUGGCAUUUGGGAAAACAAGAAAGGCUACCACUUCCAGAUUUUUCUGCCAUGGGAAAAAUAUGUCUCUUCAUCAGCUGUCUCUGCCAUCCUCAUAUUCUGGUCCUACUUCAUUAUUCUCAAUACCAUGGUACCCAUUUCCCUCUAUGUCAGUGUUGAAAUAAUAAGAUUGGGCAACAGUUUCUAUAUCAACUGGGAUCGGAAGAUGUUUUAUGCACCAAAGAAUACACCAGCACAGGCUCGUACUACCACCCUUAAUGAGGAGCUCGGCCAAGUCAAAUAUGUAUUCUCUGACAAAACAGGGACCCUGACUCAGAACAUUAUGAUUUUCAACAAAUGUUCUAUUAAUGGGAAGCUCUAUGGUGAUACUUAUGACAAGGAUGGACAGAGGGUGACAGUCUCUGAGAAAGAAAAGGUCGAUUUCUCCUUCAACAAACUGGCUGACCCUAAGUUUUCAUUUUAUGACAAGACUUUGGUGGAAGCAGUGAAAAAGGGAGAUCACUGGGUACACUUAUUUUUCCGCUCACUCUCAUUGUGUCAUACUGUGAUGUCAGAAGAAAAAGCAGAAGGCAUGCUGGUGUACCAGGCUCAGUCACCAGAUGAAGGUGCCCUGGUCACUGCUGCCAGGAACUUUGGCUUUGUGUUCCACUCCCGCACGUCUGAGACAGUCACAGUGGUCGAAAUGGGGAAAACCAGAGUCUACCAACUGCUGUCUAUUUUGGACUUCAACAAUGUGCGCAAGAGGAUGUCUGUUAUUGUGCGGACACCUGAAGAUCGGAUAAUGUUGAUUUGCAAGGGUGCAGACACCAUCAUCUGUGAACUGCUUCAUCCAUCCUGUAGCUCCCUCAAUGAUGUGACCAUGGAACAUUUAAAUGAUUAUGCCAGUGAAGGCCUUCGCACCCUAAUGGUAGCCUACCGAGAGUUGGAUGAAGCAUUCUUCCAGGACUGGAGCAGAAGGCACAGUGAAGCCUGCUUGUCUUUGGAGAACCGGGAAAGCAGAUUAUCAAAUGUCUAUGAAGAAGUUGAAAAAGACUUGAUGCUGUUAGGGGCCACAGCCAUAGAAGACAAGCUACAAGAUGGAGUACCUGAGACAAUCAUCACCCUGAACAAAGCCAAAAUUAAACUAUGGGUUUUAACUGGAGAUAAGCAAGAGACUGCUGUGAAUGUUGCCUACUCCUGUAAGAUAUUUGACGAUGAAAUGGAUGAAGUGUUCAUUGUGGAAGGCAGGGAUGAUGAGACUGUUUGGAAAGAACUCAGGACAGCAAGGGACAAGAUGAAACCCGAAUCUCUCCUGGAUUCAGACCCCAUAAACAUUUACCUCACCACGAAGCCCAAAAUGCCUUUUGAAAUACCUGAGGAGAUGGCCAAUGGCAACUAUGGCUUGAUCAUCAAUGGCUACAGUCUGGCCUAUGCUCUAGAAGGGAACCUGGAGUUGGAACUGCUGCGAACAGCGUGCAUGUGCAAGGGGGUGAUCUGCUGCCGGAUGACACCCCUUCAGAAGGCCCAGGUGGUAGAGCUGAUGAAGAAGUACAAGAAGGUGGUGAUACUGGCCAUCGGGGAUGGGGCCAAUGACGUCAGCAUGAUCAAAGCUGCCCACAUUGGGGUUGGCAUCAGUGGCCAUGAGGGGCUGCAGGCCAUGCUCAACAGUGACUUCGCCUUCUCCCAGUUCCACUGUCUUCGGCGUCUACUCUUGGUCCAUGGCCGCUGGUCUUACAAUCGCAUGUGCAAGUUUCUCAGCUACUUCUUUUAUAAGAACUUCACCUUCACCCUGGUGCACUUCUGGUAUGCCUUCUUCAAUGGGUUCUCUGCACAGACAGUUUAUGAGACCUGGUUUAUCACAUGCUACAAUCUGGUCUACACUUCCCUCCCUGUCCUGGGCAUGAGUCUGUUUGAUCAGGAUGUGAAUGACACAUGGAGCCUCCAUUUCCCAGAGCUGUAUGAGCCAGGCCAGGACAACCUCUAUUUCAACAAGAAGGAAUUUGUGAAGUGUUUAAUGCACGGGAUCUACAGUUCCUUCGUGUUAUUCUUUGUCCCCAUGGGGACUUUUUACAAUACAGAACGAAAUGAUGGCAAGGAUAUCUCCAACUGCCAGUCCUUCUCCCUGGUGGUGCAGACCUCCUUGAUCUGGGUGGUCACAAUGCAGAUUGCUUUGAGGACAACCUACUGGACAAUAAUAAACCACAUCUUCAUCUGGGGUAGCCUGGGUCUCUACUUUUGCAUGUCAUUAUUCCUGUACAGCGAUGGCUUGUGCCUAGCGUUCCCUGACGUCUUCCAAUUCCUAGGUGUGGUCAGGAACACUCUGAACCAGCCGCAAACGCUGCUGAGCAUUAUCCUCAGCGUGGUCCUCUGUAUGUUGCCUAUGAUUGGGUACCAAUUUCUUAAACCACUAUUCUGGCCUAUCAGCGUGGACAAGGUUUUUGACAGAAUUCAAGCAUGCAGACUUCCACAGCAAACCCCAGCCAAGACCAGACUGAAACAAUCGAGCUCUCGACGUUCUGCCUAUGCAUUCUCCCAUCAACACGGCUUUGGGGCCCUCAUCACUUCUGGCAAGACAAUGAAGUCCAGGAUGUCCAAGAAAAACACCCUUUUUCAAAAAGGAAGUAACCCACACUCACUGAAGCCAAAAAUGAGAUUCCUAUGGAUAGAAGGAUGUAUCACGAUCCUGGGAAAGGAAUCCAGCUGGGUAGGCCUCAGAAAGAAGUGAAACCAGCUGCUGGAAGGUCCCAAGAACCUAGGGAGUAGUCUCUUUGUGUCUAGACUUACUCCUCUGUGUGCAACGGACUGAUCUUCCUUCUCAGCAAACUGUUUUUCA